CAACUCAACAUGGAGACACCCGUCCGCUUCCUGCUGUUCAAAUAAUGCUGAAGAUGUGACAGUCUCCUUCAUGAAAUGACUCUCUCAGAUCAUUCUAGAAUCCGACUGACCGAUUGAUCAAGCGAUAAAAUAGAGGAGGAUGAAGAAACAAAGCUGUAAGAAGAGACCGCAGACGGGGUCGUCCUCCCAUUCUACACCUAAGAAGAAACAAGUCAAGAAACAAAACUGCCCCAAAACAUCUUCAGGACAAAAAAACACUCAAGACAAAUCUCAGCUUCCUGUUACAUGUGGCUAUAAAGAGGGUGUCCUGUAUUUGAAGAAAUAUUAUGAUAAGCAGAAGUGCAUCUUCAGUGAGGAACAAUGGUUCAAGCCCACUGAGUUUGAGAGGUUUGGUAUGAAGGAGAAGAACAAAAAGUGGAGGACCAGCAUCCUUUGCAGUGGGAUUCCACUCCAGAAACUCAUAGAGGAUGGAUUUCUUCCAGCUGCAACCUUUAAAAAAAGCAGGGUUCAGGAUGCAAAGAAGAAAAAAAGCCAUGUGGAUUUGAAAAAAGAGGAAUCACAUGAAAAGAUCGAAGACAAUCAAGACGAUGAUGAUAUUGACAUGAGCGUGUUUGAAGGUCCAGUCCUACCUGUUACUUGUGGUUCUGAUUCUGGCAUUCUACACAAAUAUCGAUUUUCCACAGGGCGUUGUGGGAGAUGCAUAAGAACAGAGAACUUCUGGCUUACACCUGAGGAUUUCAUCAGAUUGAGCAAACCAGAUGGAACAUGGAAGAAAGACAUUGUGUCCCAUGGAAUGCCUCUUGGGAAGCUUAUAACGAAAAGAGCUUUGGAACCACAUGCAGUCAACUGUGAUUGUGAUAUCUGCCAAGAACCGGAUCAGAACCUACUGAAUGAUGACAUGUGUUUCGUGUGUAACUCUGACGGAGAGCUCGUGUGUUGUGACGAUUGUCCACGAGCUUUUCAUUCACGCUGUCACCUACCAGCUCCAGGCGCAGACUCACCUGGAAGCCAGUGGAGCUGCACUUUUUGUGUGAUGAAGAAUGUGGAAAGUUCUAGUCAAAGGAUCCAACAGGAUGUUUUGAGCAGUCCAGUCUCUCAAUACACACUGCACUGUCAGUACCUGCUGUUACACCUGCUACGCGAGAGCAUGACUGACCUGUGUGUCAAUGUUCCAGGAUACAGUGAGAACAUCUGUGGUCCCAUGAUGCUGGGCAGAGUGAAAAUGAACUUGGAGAAUAAUGACUAUCAAACAGUGCGAGAGUUUAUCACAGCUAUUGAAUAUGUUUUCCACCACUGCACCGCCAACAGGGAUAAUGACUUCACUAGAAUGACCUUUAGGCUCAAGGAACUGUUUGAAACGGUCUUUAAGCCCCUGUAACAUCACGCCUUAAAAAGAAGUCCUUUGUUAGAAUUUAUGGUAACAUUUGUGUGUAUUGUACAGAAAUUAUAAAUAAAGAAAAAAAUAUUUAGACAACAUUACGAAGGCGUUCAGUUAUAAACAAUUACUUACAGUGUAUUCAACUCGCCACCUUUUGAAAAAAGGGGUUUAAUUCCAAGUAUGCAAUGUACAUGAUUGGUCCAAAACCAAUGAGUUUUUGUUGUUGUUCCUAUUUUUGUUUGUUUUUUGCAUUGAACGUGGUGAGGUGGGGAAUAUUUAUCAGUAUUCUUCUUAUUAAGGUAUAAAUACAAUAGAGUUUCAGUAAAUAGGCUGAACUGACAGUACAAAAUAAUCAUCCAAAGAAAUUGAUGGCCCUCCUUUACCUAGACCAAUUUGCAGCACAGCCCAUUACCAUCAGCAAAAGUAUUACUGUAUAUUCUUUUUGUGAAUGUUUCAUCUGUUGUUUUUAUAGUUUGAUUUUUAAUCAGAUCCACACUUUAUCCCUAGUCUCACAUUUGAUACUGUCAAAAAAUAAAUAUGGUACUACCCUGGCUAAGUUUUUCUGUGUCAAGAGUGCGUAGGAGGGGAGAUACCAACCAGACAGCUCAAGGU